GCCAGACCUGAUCAGGUGUUUGGAGCAAAGGAAAGAGCCCUGGGAUGUGAAGAGACACAGCACGUUGGCCAAACCUCCAGCUGUGACUUCUCAACACACUGAGGGCGUUUUGCCAGAGAAGAACAUAGAAGAGUCACUUACAAAGGUGCCAAAGAGAAGAUGUGGAAGAUUUGGCCUUAAGAACUUACACUUAAAAACAUCUUGGGAAAGUAUGCAUGUGGGUGAAGGGCAGGUAGGAUAUUCUAUUGCAUAUAACAAUUACAAAUGUAACAAAUGUGGGAAAGUCUUUCAUCAACACUCCAAAUUUAUUAUCCAUCAGAGAAUCCAUAUUUCUGACAUGGCUUCCAGACAUGAAUAUGGCAAAGCAUUUAGCCAGUCCUCAAAAUGUAGCCAACAUCAAAAAACUAGUGGAGGAAAUGUACACAAUAUAUGUGGGAAAGUGUUUAGGAAAUCAUCUUAUCUAAAUAGACAUGAAAGAAUCCAUACUGGAGAGAAGUCCUAUAAAUGUGAAGAAUGUGGCAAAUCUUUUCGCUCUCAUUUUGUACUUACUCGUCAUAUGAUGAUCCAUACUGGAAAGAAACUUUACAAAUGUGCAGAAUGUGACAAAGCCUUUCGCUCCCAUUCUUACCUUACUCUACAUAUCAAGAUGCAUACUGGAGAGAUACCCUACAAAUGUGCACAAUGUCAAAAAGCCUUUGAUCGGUACUCAAGGCUUAUAGAACAUCAGAGAAUUCAUACUGGAGAAAAACCCUACAAAUGUGAAGAAUGUGGCAAAUCCUUUCGCUCUCAUUUUGUAUUUACUCGUCAUAUGAUGAUCCAUACUGGAAAGAAACCCUACAAAUGUGCAGAAUGUGACAAAACCUUUCGCUCCCAUUCAUACCUUACUCUACAUAUCAAGAUGCAUACUGGAGAGAUACCCUACAAAUGUGCACAAUGUCAAAAAGCCUUUGAUCGGUACUCAAGGCUUAUAGAACAUCAGAGAAUCCAUACUGGAGAAAAACCCUAUAAAUGUAAAGAAUGUGGCAAGGCCUUUUUCUCUAAGAAUGGAUUUGCUGGUCAUCUGACCAUCCAUACAGGAAUAAAACCCUACAAAUGUGAAGAAUGUGGAAAAUCCUUUUGCUCCCAUUCAAAACUUGCUCGGCAUAUCAAGGUGCAUACUAGGGAGAAACCCUACGUAUGUUCAGAAUGUGGCAAAGCCUUUGCCUUUUACACUGAACUUGAUAGACAUAUGGAUAUCCAUACUGGAGAGAAACUCUACAAAUGUGAAGAAUGUGGCAAAGCCUUUCGCACUCAUAAAGGAUUUGCUGUUCAUAUGACCAUCCAUACUAGAGAGAAACACCACAAAUGUGAACAAUGUGGCAAAGUCUUUUGCUCUCAUUCAAACCUGGUUCGACACAUCAGGGUGCAUACUGGGGAGAAACCCUACGAAUGUGCAGAAUGUGGCAAAGCCUUUGCUUUUUACACACAACGUGCUAGACAUAUGAAUAUCCAUACUGGAGAGAAACCCUACAAAUGUGAAAAAUGUGGUAAAGCCUUCUGUUCUCAUUUAGGACUUACUGGACAUAUGAGAAUCCAUAAUGAGAAGAAACCAUACAAAUGA